AUUCCAUUUCAAGUACCUCCAACUCGGAUUCGAUUUAAAAGCGAGGUUGCAAGGCGGGUUGCAUUCGUUCAGGGGCAAUCUCGCAUGUGCAGUCGAAUAAACUUUAUAAUUUUAUAAAAAGAUACACGGUAUACUUUUUCCGUUGAACAAACGUCUAAAGUUGGAACAAAAACAUUUCUGUAAAACGUCCCGUGUUUUGUUUUACCGGAAUUCCGCGAUUUUUCGCGAAGUUGUGUAUAUCAAAGAGGAGGAUGGUGGCGCGCCGAUUGAGGUGGCGAUGGGGUGGCAAGGACCCUAGAACCGCCCCUGACGGAGGGUGCGCGCGUAGAGAUCAGUCGCGCGGAAGAGGCUAACGCCCAGCUGCCCAGCAGAUAGCGGGUACGCGCGUUCGUGAUAACGCCAGACACUCGAGAUCCGAUUUUUAAUCAUCCAGAGACCACAGACAUAAUCGAUCGCCGUCCUCGGAGCGUCUUCUCGCGCGCUGGCCGCCACGACCGGGCCAGCUCGAACGAGCCGUGCUUCUCACCCUGCACGUCCCGCGUAUACUUCCAGCAUUGAUGUAUUACGCGAUACCGUCGCUCUACACCCCUUCCAGAUCCACUGGUCCUCGAUAUAUGUUUCAUUCACCAACGGGAUCAUCCCCCCCGGGGUGUUGUUUCUGUGCGGGAACCGAGUGCCACCGUCCAACUAUGCGAUAACUGUGCCCAGGACAGUGCUGAACAGGAACACGCUCGUUCUGGAUACCAAGGAUUCUGGAUAAACGAGGAUUACUCGUUAAUAGGACCAUGGCUCGUUCGCUCGACGCUUUAACCCUUUUCGGCAGAAGCGUUUGAACAGAGAAGGGAAGAGCCAGCCCCCGAAGAUGAGGCCCACGAUGUCCACUGCCAUCAACAUUCUCUCCUGCCUUUGGUGUGUCACCAUGAUCGGUGGCACCGAGACGGUCGAGGUGUCCUGCAACGACCGUUUGACCGCGCCAAGAGGCGUCAUCCAGACCCCGAAUUUCCCAGGGCCGUUUCCAGUUCCCAUCAAGUGUCGUUGGGUGAUCGACGUGUCGGACAUCCCGGCGACGAACAGCUCCAUCGUCGUCUACCUGACGCAGGUCUACGUCUUCAAGGGUCUAAGAUUCACCGAGUACGCUUACUACGAGUCCGAGAGCAUGAACUUUGGCGCCUUGCUGCUCAAGGAGAUCACCGAGGGCAACGUGUUCGAGUACCGUUGGUUCCGAACGUUUAGACCGUUUCUCGUAGUGGAAUUCGAGUUGGAGAGACUCGAGGGCAACCACGUACGCGUGCUGAACGACCUGCUGGACGUGUACGGGUUCAACGUCACGUAUCAAAUGACGGAGGACGAACCGAACUCGGCCGCCUGUUCCGUUCGCGGCUGCUCUUACACAGGAAACUGUCUCGUCUCGGCCGACUACGCAGGCUUCCAGUGCGACUGCUUCGAGGGCUUCAGCGGGAAGAACUGCAACGUGGGACCCCUGUGCUUCGACGACAGACACGAUCCUGUGUGCCAAAAUGGCGGCACUUGCAUGCAAAUUGGAGCAGAAGCGAUGAACUGCCAUUGCGCCGUGGGCUACGUUGGACGUCGCUGCGAGAUUCAUCUUUUGGACAACGGGGACGACGAAUGCGGAACGGACAAUUGCAUAAUGCAGUGCCCUUACAGCGAAGGGGAGCGGCAGCCUUGCGCCUGUAAAAACGGCACGAAAAUUUACAACCAUCGAGCGAGAUACCAAUGCAGAAUAAAAUUGGCAAACGUGACGUCGUUGAGGGCCUCUUUGGCAGCGCAGGACGACUACCUGGAGGGGUACGUUGUAAAGCAGCUGGCAAAGUACUUGAAGAAUUCUAAUAUCUCGUCCGUGGAGGAUUUGGGAAUCCUGAAAGUGAAGUCCCCGUCACGCUCGGAGAUCACUUUCCACUUCCUGGGGAAUUCCGAGGACGGAGAUAAGAUUCGGGAGUCCCUCAACAAGCUGGUGCAGCAUCGACGACUAAACGAGAUCUCCCUCGAGUCGACCCACUUUACGUUUCAACAGAAACCAGCACUCAAAUUACAGAACCUGGUCCUCCUGAACGUGAACAAAGUUCAUCUAGGCGAUCGGUUAAUGGUGGGCUGCCAAAUACAUGGAAGCGACAGCAUAAAUUUCACCUGGUACAAGGACAACGUUCCGGUGAACAUAAGCAAAUCUAUCAGAGAGAUCUCGUACAGACACUUCCCUAACGACGCCGCCACGGACCUAUACAUGUCUCUUUUGGUAAUCGAAAGGGCGACCUUGCUCGACGCGGGUCAAUACACUUGCCAAGUAGUCUAUUGGGGCGUACAGCAAUGUAAAAGUAUUUACGUCGACGUGAGGGACGAGCCGAACGUGAAAGUGAUGCCGAUGAGCGCUACCAUUGAGAAGGGAGGCGAUAUACAGUUGACCUGCACGACACCUAACAUGCCCGAUAUAGGAAUAGGGUUUGGCUGGACGAAGAACGGAGCUUUGCUGAAGCUGGAACCUGGCAGUGAAGUGUGGGAGGAUCUUUACCCUGCUGGGAGUAUAUUAAAGAUUACAAACGCGCAGAAAUCCGCGAUCUACACGUGCAACGUGGCGUACAACUCCAUGUCCGUGCGCGUGGAAAUCGUGAAUCGAAACAUGAUACCGAUUUGCGUUAAAGGCGAAUCGUGGGGUUUGUAUUGGCCAGACACUGCGCCCGGGUCCGAGGCUUUGUUGGAGUGUCCUAAAUACUUCGUAGGCAACAAGGUAUCCAGACUGUGCUCGAUGAAAGACGCGACUACCCCGGAAUGGCAGACACCUGACUUCUCUUCGUGCUUUUACGAGCCCCUGACUUCGCCUUACAAUAAGUUUAAAAGCUUGACACUGGGCUAUCAGAACACAACCGGCUCUCAGACGAUCUUUUCUUUUUGGGAGAUCCUACGAUCACGCGGGCUUCCUCUUUAUCCUGGCGAAGGUGAUCACAUUCUAAAUAUAUUGGCGAUGAUCGAACGUUAUCAGCAAAAAGUCGACAUACCCGACCUGCACGCUUCGAUGGAGCCUCUGAUACGCAUUAUCAAUCGAAUACUGACCGACGAAAAGUCGAUAUUGAGUCAACAGGUGUUGGUGGUGCUACUUCAAAUUACGCAACGGAGCUUAACGCACUGGUCGAAGAUAACGACACAGCCUUACAAGCAUCUGUCUUUGUCUUCGCUGGUAGUGGACGUCCAGGAACUGCAACAGCAUAACGGCGACAGCAUCACGCAUUCCCUUCAAAUACCUGUAGAAGAUUCCAUGUAUCCAAGCUGGUACGAGGACAAAGUGACCAUACGAUUGUGGAAGAAACGACACCACGGAGGGAAGUCGAACAGCACCCUCAACGGGAUCGUGAUCGUCUACAAGAACAUCUCCAGCUUCUUUCCAAGAGCCUGUGUCAAGGAACUCGACGAUGGCACGGACCUCGAGUUCCGCAUCAAUUCACGCGUCAUCACGGUAGCAGUGCCUGCCUUCAAUCUCGACAAACACAAUAAAAUAUGGGUAGACCUGCACGUGAAACACGUGCAGAAUCAAUCCAGCUCCUGGAAGGUGUCCUGUGGCUUCAUGGGCAACGCAGGCGCUUGGGACUUGAACAGCUGCAUCACCAAUAUAUUACCAGGGGACGCCGCGACUCAUUGUUUGUGCCCCAAUACUGGGACCUUCGCUGUUUUCCUAACGGCCCGCGCACUCAGAGUAAUACUGGCAAAAAAAGAACAAACUACGUUCAUCGUCGUAUUUGGAUGCGGUAGCUGCUUGAUGCAGUGCCUCCUGUCCUCUUUGGUCCUUGGAACCUUCUGGUGGAAGAAUCGAAGCUGGCUGAACUUCCUGAAGCUUCAAUGUUGCGCUGCUAUGGUAGGGGCAAUGGCUGUCUUCAUCUACGCCGUGCACAGCAAUCUACCCGAGAGUUCGUACGCGAUCGUGGCGGUAGCCUUGGAGGCGUUCCUCCUCGUUGGUUUGUCCGCGCCGAUAUCGGAAGCAUUGAUUAUCUACGCUGGCCUGACACAAGUCCGACCGAACUUCCAGCCUACUGUCAUUGCAGUCAUUACUGGAGUCCCUAUCUUGGCCGUACUGACCACGGAACUCACCCACAAGAGCACCGGGUGGAGACACGAAUCAUGGUGGCUGAUUCUCGGAAGUGGAGUCUAUAACAUAUUCGUGACUUGCGCUACCAUGAUGUUUCUUGUGUUCGCGUUGCUGUACUUUGGAAUUCUACACAAAGCUCACGCUCUAGUCGAAGAGAACGUUAUGAAAAAAGAGGUGAUAGACGCAAGACUACGAAUGUUACAUCGUGCUGCCAUUGUUAUAUGCGGCGUCGUCGCGAUGGAAGCUUCCUCCAUCUUCUACAUAAACUCCACCUCUAUUAUCUUUCACUAUGUGUUUGCUUCUCUCUCCUCUGUCUUGGGAUUCGUUAUAAUAAUGGUCUACAUUGUGAACAGCGACUUGGCAAUCCUAGAUCUGAUCCUAAGGAAACUGAAGUGGAAACACGACACGGAAGAAGAGAUAACGUCCGAACCAAUCAAAGUGUGCUCGAAGAACGGCGCAGAAGUGGAGAACGACGCUGCACCUCCUCCGUCCUCGCUGAGCAUCGGGGACUCUUAUCUGGAAGCUCGAGGAAUCGCAGCCGGUAGUAUAGACAUGCGCGAAUUCGUCAACGAGUCGUCGUCCUCGUAUUCGAAGCCCUCCGUCCCAGUCGUCGGCAGAUUCUUGCCAGAGAUACGUGUCGAUCACUCCGACGAUAUAAACCUCGAAAAUUACAGCACCAGCCCGCGAAAGUACCAAGACGCCAUCCCGUUCGAUGCCGUGUUCCCAACGCGAGCAUCCCACUGUCCGACCGAAUCUUACAGCAGCUCCGAGUGCUGCACUUUUCGCGAGUUUGGCAAAUAUCGGGAGCCGCCAGGACCGCAGGUCUUCGUGCCACACAAUCCCACGGUUGAAACCGCGGCGAAGGUUUUGUGCAGCGCGGACGUGGAGUCGCGCUUGACUGGAAUGCCGGAUGUGACCUUGGCCGUGAAGAGCGACGUCGAGCUGUUGUCCACGACGGAACUGAUAAGGGAACACGUGAACGUCAUCCCCGACAUAGCCAACACCACCGAACGGAAGCAACCAGAUGGAGAGGAGAAAGCGCCCGAGAUCAUCAUUACGAAUUGCGAGGCUACCACGAGUGGCAUGCUCGAUCGUAUCUCUCACGACCUUGACUAUUUGCUGAACCGGAAGCACUCUAUGGACGGUACUUGAGUACCACCGAAUGUACCGUUUGUAACGUACGAUGAUUCGAUUGAGUAACGUGAUCCUUGGAACGAGUACGAAAUACAGUAAGUCGCAAAAUCAUCGACGCACGUACGAUACAAGUAAAGGGGAUAUGAAAGAUAAAAACAGUAGUACAAGAUUUUCCUAUGCUUCUUAUUUAAUUGAAUUUUUUUUUUCCACUAAUUGACAUGUUCUAGAUAUUACCGUAGAUAUUACAUUUCUUAAAUAAAAAGAGUAGAAAAAUCUUUUAUUAUUUUUAUCUUUCGUAUCACUGUUAUUCCGUGUGUGCGCGCCGUUAAUGUUGCGAAUGAUUGUAUUUUGAUGAUUGAUUUCCAAAGGGGGUAGUCUGGUAAGUUUUGACUUCUGUUAACGAUUCUGUAAGAUUUCUUUAUUUAACCCUUUCCACUCAGAUAUCUUCUACAAGGGGAUAAAUCUAGCUAAUUUUUAGUAAAUACGCAGAAAAUAUACAUCGUCGUACUACAUAUAAAAAAUUAUGUGUAUAAUAACUUUUUCUUCGAUGUUACUAUUCCUUCUUGUGUACACAAAUUAUUUGACCACCUGCAAUAUUUAGUCGAAAGUAGCAGACUACCCCCAGAGUUCUCUGUGUAAACACAGGGUAUUCGUAUCGUCGCGUGCAUUAGAAGAAAUAAACAAACGUCAGUACUUUUUAAAAAAUGUUAUUAUUAUCGUCAUCGUUUAUAAUGUUCAACGUUAUAUUUUAUCACGUAACGAAGACCUAGCAUCGUAAGAGUGUUACAUUACGCUUGCGGUGUGUUAAGCUAUACAACUUGAAUGAUGUACAAUUUCUCUUUGUUUACAAAUACGUAUACACUCUCUCGUCGAUCACAUCAAUUGUUCUAAAACAUCGAUUAUAAGAAGACCCUUUGUAAGGACGUAAGGAGUUUUUCAUUACGCUCCAUCCGUAAAAGUGUUUUGUAUCGAGGACACCACGUAUUUCUCCUUCUGCUAUAAAGUCACACAAAUAAAUUUUUUAUAGAAUA